CCUUCCUAAAGCCUGACAAAGAAACUUGCAUGACUUCGUCUCAGACUUUCCAGUCUGGGGAAGAUGUGAAAGACGAAGCUGAAGACAGGAAAUGUCGGUUUCACCGACCCGGGAGUGAAUUCGGCGCUGUGAUUGGCCAGGUUGACAGCGUUUUUGUAGUGAACAAAUCUUUCAAACUUCGAGGCUGUGUGUGCGGUCGGUUCGGCGAUAUGGCGGUUAAAAGCUCUCUUGUUUUAGCCUGUAGGGAUUAAUGUCCUCCCGCUGAACGUUUAACAGAGCAUAUCAAAUGGCUGCAAAGAAUCCAAAUCCUCAGGAUAUUGGUGAAUUUGAUCGUAUCCGGAAGGAAAAUGCAGUGCUCCGAGAUGAACUUGUUAACAUGCGCGAAGAAAUCUCAAGUGAACGACACACUCAUGAACAGUUGUUGAAAAGCUUUCAAGUUCGACACAAUGAAGAUUCGAGGAAACUACGGGAGGAGAAGAAGCUCACAUCGAAAUUAGCGGAGGAAAAUGGAGAACUUCGGUUGGAGCUUAAAGCUUUCAGGGAGCGUUCUCUGGCAAAUGGAAGGGAUCACGAAAAGUUACAGGGGUCAGAUGUAAACGAAAGAUUGUUCCAGGAACUCAGUGCUAUGGGGAAACGGCUUGGAUUACUGCACAAUGAUUUACUCUCAAGUCCUGCUCUGAAAAAUUUGGAUGGAAGGCAUGCUGCCAAACGAGAAGCUGGAUCUGUUGUGAAAGACCCCUUAAAGAAACUAGGCACAGAACUGAUGAGCUUAAGAGCCCUACUAACAGCAAAAUCAAGCAUCAGGCUCAAUGGAGUUACAUUACCAGAUCAUAGAGAAGUUAAGACAAAUGGUAUGGCUUCAAAUUCAGUGAGUGGUAAUCAAACAAGUCUACCACCAGAUGACUUAGUCCAUCUCACUGGACCAAUCACAGAAGCUGCACUUCUGGGAGCUCUUCAACAAAGAAGUGCUGCAGCUGAAAAUUAUACAAAUUUAGGUUCUGUGAUGAUUGCUAUGAAUUCAUUUGAUCGAGCUCAGUCCAAAACAGGCCUGCCUCAGAGUUUUUCCGAUAAUCAAAGACUACAGACAGUUAUUCAAAGAGUGACAAGGAAGUUGGCUUAUUCCAGUGCUCCACAAGUUAUUGUUCUAAGUGGGAGUGGAGGUAGUGGGAAGACAUUCACAGCCCAGGCUCUUGUCCAUCAUCUGUUAGAACAGGCUGGGGGAGGAAUGGAUUCCGAUAUCUGUAAGCACUUUCUGGCCUCUGUAGCUGUGAUCCAAUCUCUAGGAAAUGCAAAGACCCCAACAAACUCAGAUUCCUCUAGUGGCAAUUCUUCUACUUGGAAAUGUAGAGUUCGUUGAUGGUGAAGGUCUUGAACUUGAUGUCAAGGGAAAUAAUGAAAUCAAAGCUGUUGCUGCUCUUCUUGGCGUUUCUGGGGUUUCAUUGUACAGAGGUCUGACCACAAAAACCAAGAAUGUGAGAGGGCAGAUUCUUAGAUCGCUGUGUGACUCUGUUACUGCAAAUUCAAACAGAGACAGUCUUGCCAAGGCACUGUACUGCAGGACAGUAGCUGCUAUUGUCCGACGAGUCAACAGCUACAAGAGACCUGCAAGUCUGAUGUCAGUAUCACCCCAAGGAUCUUAUGAGUCAUUGCGGGCUGCAUCCAGUUCUCCUGGAUCAAAUGGGUCUCUGGGUAAAAGUCCACUUACCUCCAGCAAUGGUUUGCUAAUGGCAUCACUUCCUGUGAUUACUCCCCCAUCCACUCCCAGCCUGGAUGGUAGUUUCCAGUUCACCAAGGGAGCCUCUGGACUCAUCGGCAUCAUUGAUAUGUUUGGCUUUGAAAACAGUGAGGUGAAUCAACUUGAACAGCUCUGUGUAAAUCUGUGCUCUGAAACAUUACAACAUUUCUACAACACUCAUAUAUUCAAGAGCAGAGAAGAGUACAGCAGGGAAGACGGUGUUCUUUCAGAUUUUGGAGUGGAUUACUUUGAUAACGCUCCGUGCAUUGAGCUACUCACUUGCCAGCGUGCUGGGAUUUUAACAGUGUUGGAUAAAGAAAGCUUAUUCGCAAGAGGAAGCUACCAGAACUUCUUACAAAAAGUAAAGGGACAGCAUAAAGACAGCGAUAGCUUUUUUGAUCCAGAUCCCGAGAGUUCGUGUUUUGGAGUAUCGCACUACAAUGGAAAUGUCGUAUAUGAUGCCAGCUCUCUUCUUAACAUCAACAGAGACUCAAUUAAUGAUGACAUUAUCUGUGUGUUCUCAAGACAGAACUGUAAUUUUGGUUUCGCUACGCAUCUUUUCACCAAUGAUUUGAAACCUCAGCAAGGACAGACAACAGCUCCCAAGGGGGUGCUUUACAGGAUAUCACCUACCCCUGCUCAGGAGGCGCAAAGCCCCGCAGGAACAGCUGAUGCUCCUCUUCGUACAUUUUCUCAAGGAUUUCAGGAAAAAAUUGAUGGUCUCCUCAAAACCCUGGUUCAAGCGCAACCGACAUUUGUGAGAUGUAUAAAGAUAAAUACCCGUGAGGAGCCAUAUUCCUUCGACCGUGGAAUUGUCAGUCAGCAGAUUCGAGUGUUGCAGAUAUUCGAGACUCUUCAACUGUUACAGUCAGCCCUCGCUAAUCGCAUUCGACUUGAAGCAUUCGCCAAGAGAUAUAGCUUUGUCUCGCCGCGUAAAGUCCGGGGUCUGGAGGAGACUGGGUAUGAGGAUUGCAAAGAUAUUCUGGAGACGCUGAUGAGAAAAGUUGACAAGCCCAAUAAUGACGUCAUGUUUGGCUCUUGGGUACUGGGAAAGAGAUACGUUUUCUACAGUGAGGUUGUGAAGCAAGAAUUGGACAAAUUAUACGAAGAAAGAAAAGUGAAGGCCGUUGUGACGAUCCAAUGCUGUCUCAGGAGAUGGAUCUGUCGAAAGAGAUGGCCAAACCUAAAACGUUCAUUGGAACUUCAGAGAAAAGGCCGGCAGGGUAGCAAAACUAAUCACAGUCUUGUUCGCAGAUCAGUUUCCCCGUCGGAUGAGCUUCGGGUUGACACGAAGGCUGCCGACCAGUCAUGCUGUCUCUUCGGAAUCGAUAUGGAGACUCCCCCACCUUUGCCUAAAAGCCGUCCGUAUACUGUGCUAGGAAAUAUGAAGAUGGGGUUCCCACAAAAUCGUAUCAUGAAAAUGGAUUAUCCAGAUGACGGAAGCGAAGUUCUCCUGAAGAAAGGAGAAGUUGUAAAGGUGGUUCGGGCAUCAGAAAAAAGAGGUUAUCUGGUUAUAGAGCACAGAGGCGCAACAGUUCACUUACCUUUUCAGGUUAUGGAGCUUAAGAAUUCUCCGAACCCUUCACCGAGGUGACCAGGAUGCAGUGAUAAGUAAAGACAAGUUAAGCUAUGGAAAUGUGAUUGAAGCUUGUUGGAGAGGGUUUAGCUUAUUACGUCAGCUAUCCGUUCUAAUCUUAGAAAGCAGAUAGGACUAUGGCCCUCAUAAGCAGAACACCGCAAAGUUACGAGCAUGAACUCUAUUGAAUAAAAGGAAACGUAUCACUCGCAAAAACCUUGUCUUUUGAAAGCGCGUGAAGUAACACACGUGAUGUGCACGUGGACAUCGGCAUUGUGUCAGGAGUUAUUUACAAUUGGCUAGUGCUGAAGAUGGUUAAUCUGUGUACCUAUCUAUCAGCUGAAAAUCAACAGUAACAAUAAUGCAAGUACAGAAGUGGACAUAGCGCAGCAUUUCUUGUCCGAUAAAAUUUACGAUAGCAUCUUGCUGAAGAUUUAUAUAUGUAUAUAGGGUGACAAUGUAUUUUAAGCUCUGUGAGUUUUUACAACCAUGGUGUAAACCUUGACGAAUGAUUUUGUGGAAUGAUUUUUCUUCCUAAGUGAAAAUACUGUUGAAAAAUAGGAAUAUUUUUGUAACGUAUGAACAAAGCAUUUAAAGCUA